ACAUUGACUGUUAAAACUGUUGACUGCUACCACAACACCGUUCAUCAUGGAAAAGACCAGCGAACAAGAAAAAGACGAUGAAGUUGAAGUUGUCGAGUUAAAGGAACCAGCCGACGAAGCAAACGUGAACGAGGGGGAAACAAAAAAGAAGAAGAAAAAGAAGCGAAAGAAAAAUAAAGGUGGUGACACAGAGAAUCCAGAUGCAGUGGAAGAUGGAGGAGUGAGUGCCGUGACAGACAAGUUACAGGAACAACAAUUAGAUGGUGCAGCUGAGGGAGUUAAUGCUGAAGCAGAUGGUGAGGAUGGUGAGAAGAAGAAAAAAAAGAAGAAAAAAAAGAAAGGGGGUGGACUUAAGCAGCAGACUGACCCUCCCUCCAUCGCUGUGGCUGAAUUGUUCCCAGACGGUAACUUUCCAGAGGGAGAGGUGCUCGACCAUCCUAUUGCAGCUAAUGAUCAGACAGCCAAGAAUAGGUUCAAUAGUGAUGAGAAGAAGGCCUUGGAUCGUUCCAACAUCGGCCUCUAUAAUGAAAUACGCAGAGCUGCAGAAGCACACAGACAGACAAGACGGUAUAUGAGAGAUUACAUAAAGCCAGGUAUGACAAUGAUCGAAAUCUGUGAGACCCUUGAAGGCAUUUCCCGCAAGACAAUUGGUGAGAAAGGACUGGAGGCGGGGCUAGCAUUCCCAACGGGUUGCUCCCUGAACCACUGUGCUGCCCACUACACACCCAAUGCUGGCGACCCCACCGUACUGCAAUAUGAUGAUGUGUGCAAAAUCGACUUUGGAACUCAUGUAAAUGGUCACAUCGUAGAUUGUGCAUUCACUCUCACGUUCAAUCCUAAGUAUGACAAACUACUAGAGGCGGUCAAAGCUGCAACCAACACAGGAAUCAGGGAAGCUGGCAUAGAUGCUAGGCUGGGUGAGAUUGGCACAGCCAUCCAAGAGACAAUGGAAUCUUAUGAAGUUGAGCUGGAUGGGAAGACUUACCAGGUGAAGUCCAUACGCAACCUCAAUGGCCACUCACUUGGGCCAUAUGAGAUUCAUGCCGGCAAGACUGUCCCCAUUGUGAAGGGUGGUGAGCAAACAAAGAUGGAGGAGGGCGAGUUCUACGCUAUAGAGACAUUUGGUAGCACGGGUAGGGGGGUGGUUCAUGAUGACAUGGAGACAUCUCACUACAUGAAGAACUUUGAUGUUGGUCAUGUACCUCUCAGACUACAAAGAGCGAAGCAGCUUCUUAAUGUCAUCAACCAGAACUUCGGUACUCUAGCCUUUUGUCGUCGCUGGUUGGACAGAAUCGGGGAAAGCAAGUACCUUAUGGGGCUGAAAAACCUGUGUGACGUUGGAAUUAUCGACCCAUACCCACCCCUAUGUGAUAUCAAGGGAUGCUACACAGCGCAGUACGAGCACACGAUUUUGCUCAGGCCCACGUGUAAAGAGGUUUUGAGUCGUGGGGAUGAUUAUUAAGGUGUCUGAAGACAUUUGUUAUAAGAAGUGAUGCGUAGGAGGCUGUUUGAUAUUAGCAUAUUGGAGGCAAAGUAAAUCUGCAAUCUUUGAUGUAUAUUUGGAUAUUGUGAACAGAUAUAAAUGUACAAUGUAUACUGGACUGGUGUCACAUCCUGUACUUGUUACAAAAUGUGCAACGAUGAUAAUUAAAGACUUCAAUGAGUUUUCCUUUCAUGAGUAUGUUUUGAGCCUAUCUAUCCUGUUUUGGAACUCUUUAUUUUAUAAUUUAGAAUUGUUUCUCCUUGUUGUUUUGAAAUGUUAAGAUUAUAAUUUUAUACUCAUUUACAACUGAACCUGUGUAACAAAAUCAGUGAAAUAAAUAAUUCAUACCUCA